UACUUGUUUAACUUUUCUAUAAAGGUCAACCCGACGCAGCUGCAUGCGCAGCGUAGGCCACCGUGUAGAAAGUUAACAAGAGAGCAGUUGAGUGAAGCCCGUUACGGUGGAAAAGACACUUCCUAAAGGAAACCUAGGAUUAUACGUAUAAACAAUGAUCUAGCACUGAGGCCGGACGAGCUUAGCAGACGAGGCGCGGAGAACACGAAUGGCAAUGUUAUCGCUCAAGGUCUUUCACCCGGCUUCCGAUAAGGUCCGGCAGGUGGAGUUCCACCCGGUGCUUCCGUGGAUUGUGUCAGCAACCAAAAGCGAUCAUGUAUGCGUAUGGGAUUGGCGCACCAAGCAGGUGGUCUGGGAGGCCCAACUGGGCGGGUCGGAUGACGACACCUGUGCAGACGCGGAGCUGGCACGCCUGCACCUGCGCGACCCAGCCUUCGCCCCCAAUCCCUCGCUGCUGCACCCCAUCCCCACGGGGUCCAAGCGCGAGCCCAGCGGCCAUGUGCGCGAUGUGCGCUUCCUGGACACGGACGUGGCGCAGGUGCAUCUGGCAUGGCAGCACGCCAUGUCCGCAGGGUGUGGCAGCCCGCCGCCUCGUGCAGAGGAGAUCCGGACGCUGCUCGGGCAAAGGCUGCUCGUGAUCGCCUGUGAGGCGCGUGUGCUGGUGGUGAACCUGGCCAACCGCCGGGUGACGGAGCUGGGUCGCGCGCUGCUGGAGGGCAAGGCGCCCACCUCUUUGGCCUUCUUGCUCAGGUCAGGAGCGCCGGUGGGGCUUAACGGUGCGCACAACGGUCAUGGCAAUGGAUUCAGCGGCGGCCCGGGCUACCAUGGCCCGACGCACCAGGGAGGGCUGCUGGAGAGCCCGGUGCUGGCAGUGGGGUGCGCAGAUGGCGUGGUGCGAUGCUUGCAGCUGUACCCGGUAAAGCCGGUGGGUCGGCUGGUUUCGGCGCACAAGACCCCGGUGGUGGCGAUGGCGGCGGUGGGACACCGGGGGCAGCGACUGGAGUCGCUGGUGGUGGGGCACCAGGGCGGCAGCGUAGCGCUGUACGAGCCGCUGUUCACAGGCGGCCGGUCCCCCGUCAUGGUUGGCCCGGGCGAGUCCUCCGCGCCCCGUGCCGACGUAAAGGCACACGACCGGGAGCUGCUGCCCGGCUCGCUAGUGGCGGGGCCGCUGGCGGAGGACCCCGAGGAAACCAGGUGCCUGCUCUAUACGGCAGGUAGCGACCACCGCGUAUGCGGCCUGGACCCCGCCUCCCUCAAGGAGAUCGCCAAGGUGAAGGUGGAGCGCGCCCCGCUGACCUGCAUGGCCGCCUGGCCCCGCGGCUAUGCUGCCAGCGGCGUGCACUGCAUGCUGCUGGGCACGGAGGGCGGGCACCUGCUGCUGGCGCACCCGCCCAGCGGCUCCGUGAGGCUGGCGAUGGAGCUGGAGGGAAUUGUGCCGGCGGGUCACAAGCGGGUCCCCAAGGUGUACGGCCUGCACGUGCACCCCACCAUGCCCGGGCUGGUGGCUGUGGCCUCCAACACCGGAACUGCGGUGCUCACGCUGGCAGCCCCGCAGCCGCCACUGCCGGUGGCACCGCUGCCGCUGAUGUCACCGGCGCAGGCGCUGCAUGACGGCAGCAGCGGCGGCGCCGCGGCCUUCUUUGGCGGUGGCGGCGGCGGCGGUGGAGGGGGUGCGACGUAUGUGACGGCAAUGGGGCCCAAGGUGUUUUGCGUCACGGCGGAGGCAUUGCCUAACCAGGCGCACGCGGAGUUUGCACCCAACCAGGUCGUCGGUAAACUGCAGGUAGCCACGGACACGCCGCCCGGCCGGGCGCUGCUGAGUGUGAGUGCGGACGGCAGCCAUGUGGCGGUGUCCUGGCCUGGCGCCAGGCAGUACGCGGUGUACCGGCAGGGGGCCUCGGCGUGGAGCGAAGUGGUACGCGGUCAUGGAACCUCCGUCGCGUGGCACUGCUCUCGCUCCGUCUUCGCGGCCCUGGAGGAGGAGCCCCCGGCCGCACCCGCUCUCCCCGUCCUCGGUGGCAAGUCAUUUAAGGACCAGAAGAAGGCGGAGAAGCAGGCGGAGGCGGCGCGCGCGGCAAUGGAGGCUGCCGCUAAGGCCGCCGCCGCCACCGCCGCCGUACGGAUAAGGGAGCUGCGUGGUGCUGACGGGGUUGGCGGCGGGCCGCUGGGCCCACCGGGUGGUACGCUAGAUCUGCAUGGCGACAUGCCUUCGUUCGUACAAGGAGGGCCCCUGCUGGCGGUGACUGUACGGCGCUCUAUCAAGUCGGAGUCUUUGGAGCUGUCGGCAGGAGGGCGCGGCGGCGACGGCGCUCCUCACGCGCUGCACCUGUAUGACUGGCUCAGCGGACGCCGAGUGGGUCCCGAGCUGCCGGAGCCGCUGCACAUGGCGUGGGACCCCUCGCGAACCAUGCUGGCGCUCGCAUACCCCAGCCAGCUGCUGGUGCUCAGGGUGCAACCGGAUUUCCAGGUGGUCACCACCCUGCCCGUCUCCGCCACCCAGUCCCUGGAAUGGGCAGCGCGUCAGCUCUACAUCGCCACGCCCACCCACAUCCUCUGUGCGCUGCUGGCACCCGCGGCGCCGCACGUGCCCACCCUCACCGCGACUAGCCUGGCGGCAGCGCCACCUUUAGCAGCGUCUGCCGCUGCUGCUGCCGCCGCUAAUGCUGCCCCAGCACGGCUAAUCGUGCUCGCGGGCCCGGGCGUGCAGACCGCCUGCACCUCCGGCGCUGCCGUACAGGAGGGGCUGCUGCCACCGCCGGCGGUUCGCCCACCGGGUCCGCUGACGCUGUUGGGCCCGCGUGACGCCUGCCUGUGGAUGGUGGGGGUGAUGGGGCAGCCGCUGGCGCUGGCGCUGGCACACCCCGGGCUGAGGUGCUGCUGCCUGGUGGCCUCGGGAGACCUGCAGGGUGCGGUGACGCUGGCGGCUCGUGCGCUGGCUCCGGAGCUGCACGACCAGCUGGCGGCCCUCAUGACCGACAUGGACGGCCUGCGGGGCGCCGCCGCCGCCGCCACCCUGCCGGGCAUCUCCCUCGCCACCGAGCUGCGGCUGCGCACGCUGAUGCGGCACUGGCAGCAGGCGGUGGAGGCGGCGGAGGCGAUGCUGCUGGGGUACAGCCGCCGGCCGCCGCCCGGGGGGUUUGCAAGCGCCGUGGCGGCGGCGGCGUUUGGCAGCGGCGCGGGGCGGGGAGUGGGCGGGGCGAUGCUGGGAGACGAGUUCGUUGAUGUGGGCGCGGCGGCUGGAGGCAUGCCUGCGAGCGCCCCAGCGCACCCUGAGGACCUAGACUGGACUCAGCCCCUGCGGGAAGCCAGCAGCAGCGCCAAGGCAGCCGCAGCAGCAACCGUGGCGGCGCGGGGCCCGGGGCACACGGCCGCCAUAACCGUGGCGGCGCCCUGUGGGGGCGGCGGCGGUGCGCCGACUGCUGUCACGAUCCAGCUUGUGCUCGGGCUGCUUGAGGACCUAAUAGGGGCCGCGAUGUACGACGUUGCGCGGCAUCUGGCAAAGGCGUUGGUCGUUCAUGCUGUGAACAUGCCCGGGGAGCAGCUGCUGCGAGUGGCGGCGGUGAUGGCACAGGCUGGCAUGAAGACCGACCUACCAGCCCUCGCGCACUCUGUUUCCGCCGGCGGGGACAGCAGCAGCCGGGAGAGUGCAGCGUUGAUGGCAGCGAUGCUGUCGGGCCACACCGCGCUUGUGCAAGACAGCCUGCGGGAGGGCGGCGCGCAGCCGCUGGCGGCUCUGCAGGCGCGCGUGUACGGCCUGUCGGCGGCGGCGGAGAGCAUGGCGGUGUGGCGGCGGCAGCUAGCGGCGGCGGCGCCGGGAGGCUCGUCGGCGGCGUUGGGCCGGCUUGACGUGGGAGUGGCAGGAUAGAUUGUAUGGCAAGGAGAGCGUAUGUAAGCAAGUUAUAGGUUGAGCACAGGAGAGAGAUUAUGGGGAAGUGCUGGGAAUGACAUUCGUGCAGCACAUGCGAUUAAAGGGAUGAGUUGCGGUAAGGUGGUGGAGGUACUUGUACAAGAGGAGCAUACUUGGUGCCUAUGGUCUAACGGGUGGAAAAAGAGGAAGACAUUAACCGUUUGGCAAUGCUGGUUGCUGUUUGCAAAAUUUGGCGUGCAGCGUGGUUGCCGACCCGUGG